CCUAUCUUGAACUGAAACCAGACCCUCGAACUCCAUCAUGUAUUGCUUAUCCUGCAGCCAUUACACAACUCUAGCUUCUCUUACCAAUAACUCUUCUUCUACUUCUCCUCAGACCAACCAUCCCACAAACCCUCCUUCACGUAAACCUAAAAUCCCCAGAAAAAAUAACUCACAGCAGCAGAAACAGCUCCAACUUAUGGAGAUUGAACGAGCCAUCGGUGCUGGCACUUUUCGUGACAAUGAACCCAGGGACUUGGAGAAGCAGAAGAAGAUAGUAUUUAAUGGGAUUUUGCCAGAUCUUAGUGGCGUAUUUGAAGGACCUGUUGAGAAGCAGCUUCGUGAGACUGGAGAGUGGUUUUCUAGUCACACCGAGAAACGCCUCCGAUCCUCCAGUAUUGAUUUUUCUCUUAUUUCAUCAAUCUUUCAGAAAAGGAAUUCUGAUGCUGUUGAUUAAAUGGAUUCUUCCCAUAUGGACUUUGUCACUCCUGUUGGCUCUUGCAGCCACAAAGCUUGCAUAGACCAUACCAUUCAUGGAUGAUCUCAUUAUAUGAACAUGGAAGUAAUUCAAGCCUUCUCUCCAAUGUAGUUACUUCUUGUACAGAACUACGAAUCAUCCGCCGGCUUCUCGCACGAUAUCAGAUAGAAAUAUGAUUACAAAAUGUUAAUCUCUUUUUUCAAGAACUUCCCUGGUGAGUUCCAUUGCCAAAACUUUGUAUGGUAUUAUGUUAUCAGGUUAUAGUGACCGCCUUCCGUUAAUGAAAGUCCGGAUUUCAAAAAAUAUGGACGUCUGCACCUGAAAAAUCUUGUCUGAUUAUAAAUGUAAUGCAUAAUUGCAAUUCACUUGUUAAGCUUAUGUCUGGCAUCUCAUUAUAAUCUAAAAUCCAGAUCCUAGAGUUUCAAUUUGUAUUUA